AUGAAAACUACAACGCACUCAAGACCCCCUCAAGAUAAGAUCCUUCUACUCUUGGUACUCUCUUUUAGCGUGGUAGCAGUAAGAUCAAGCCCCCAUAUCCCUCAUCAAAUUACCUGGCAAAUUAUCAAUUUAAGAACCGGAGCAACUGUCAACAGCUCCACUGCUUUUGAUGUUCUUAGUAAUUUCUUUCCAGAUAUGUAUUUUGACCUCUGUCAACUUUUUGAUGCUGAGGAUGUAUGUGUAGGGAGGGGAGGGACCUAUGUUUGUCCCGGGGGGAAGAAUGGAAAACCUCUCCCAGGUUGCGGGGGCCCCGAGGUGGGGUACUGUGGAGCAUGGGGAUGUGAAACCACUGGAAGCGCAUACUGGAGCCCCUCCUCUUCAUGGGACAUGAUUACUAUCAGGGCGGCUCCAGGUAUAACGUUCAGCGAAUGUGGGGGAAGGGACUGUAGUACUUGUUUGGAUGGGACGUUGGGUAGGUGCCACCUCCAGAUCCUUCGCUUCACAGAUAAGGGAAAACAGGACAAAUGGGUGGGGCCUAAAUCAUGGGGCAUCUACUUGCAUAGACCGGCUAAAGAUCCCUUUGCUUUAUUCGCCUUGAGCCAGACGAUUACUGUCGCAUCCACGCCUGCCGACAAUCGGUCCAGUCUGACUCCCUUAACACCCACCUUUUCAAAUAAGCCUGUGGUAACCACGCCUCCUCUGCCCGGUUCUGCAUCUACCCCUUUACCCAGGGCAGAGAAUAGGCUCCUCAGCCUAAUAGAUGGGGCCUACCAUGCACUAAAUAGUUCUGACCCCAAUAGAACCCAGGAUUGCUGGAUGUGCCUUGCCUCACCUCCCCCUUAUUAUGAGGGAGUGGCCGUCAUUGGAAAUUGGACCAACCAUACUACUGUCCCUCCCCGGUGCUCUAGUUUGCCAUCCCACCAGCUGACUCUUACGGAAGUAACAGGACGGGGGCUUUGUGUAGGUUCCAUUCCCCCUCGAUACCAGGGCCUCUGUAACAAAACCAUGACCCUCAAACCAGGCGCCUAUUAUUUAACAGGGCCAGAUGGGUUAUAUUGGGCAUGUAAUACUGGCCUGACCCCCUGCUUGGCAGGACAAGCUCAUAAUCAAACUCAUGAAUGGUGCGUCAUGGUUGAAAUAUGGCCUCGGGUCACGUUGCAUAGCUCUGAAGAAGUCUACCAACACUAUGAAGGAAAUCUCCGGUUCCGUAGGGAACCCGUAUCCAUAACGCUAGCUCUUAUAUUAGGAGGACUCACAGUUGGGGGUAUUGGGGCAGGCAUAGGUACCGGAGUUACUGCUCUACAAAAGACAAAUCAAUUUCACCUGCUACAGCAAGCUAUGCAUUCAGAUUUACGAGCCUUAGAAGAAUCUGUUAGUGCCUUGGAAAAAUCCUUAACUUCACUUUCUGAGGUAGUAUUACAAAAUAGAAGGGGGCUGGAUUUGGUAUUUCUAAGGGAGGGGGGACUUUGUGCAGCCUUAAAGGAAGAGUGUUGUUUCUAUGUGGAUCACACUGGAGUGGUCAGAGAUAACAUGGCAAAAUUAAGGGAAAGAUUAAAACAGCGGGAGAGCUAUUUUAAGACAGGACAGUCAUGGUUCCAGGGCUGGUUUAAUUCAUCCCCUUGGCUCACAACUUUAAUCUCCUCUAUCACAGGGCCCUUAGUAAUAUUACUCUUAAUUUUAACCAUUGGACCCUGCAUAAUAAAUAGGCUUCUUCAGUUUGUUAAAGAUAGACUGUCUGUCACCCACGCCUUGAUCCUAACCCAACAGUACCAAAGUUUAAAACCGGAGGACAUAGAAGAAGGAUUUUAAAAUACAGCUAUCCCUUAAAUUUUAAGAUU